AUGGCUCGCAAGAUGAGCAUGGACGAGCUGGAGGACCAGCUCCUCUGCCCCAUCUGCUUAGAGGUGUUCAAGGAGCCGCUCAUGCUGCAGUGUGGGCACUCGUACUGCAAGUCCUGCGUGGUGUCGCUGUCCUCCGAGCUGCCCGGGCAGUUCCUGUGCCCCGUGUGCCGCCAGCGCGUGGACUGCAGCGCCUCGCCGCCCAACGUCACGCUGGCGCGGGUCAUUGAGGCGCUGCAGAGCCGCGCCCCCAUCUCCACCACCUACUGCCGGAUGAAGGAGGAGCUGUCUGUGCUGCUCACUGAUGUCCACCAGUGCAAGAAGAACCUGGAUGAACAGUUCAGCAAGCUCAUCAACAACAAAAUACGCAUCGCAAAUGAGGCAGACGUCUUCAAGUGUGUGACCCGCAAGGAGUUCCAGGAGCUGCACAGGUUCAUUGACGAGGAGAAGGCCACCUUCCUGGAGAGCGUCGAAGGGAAGGCAACCCAGCUCAUCACCUCCAUUGAGGCCCAGGUCAAGCAGACGUCAGAUGCCCUGCAGAGGCUGAAGGAGAUGGAGAGCUCGCUGGAGAUGCUCAACAAUGAAAGCCAACUUGAUUUCAUCCGGAAAUACAGCUCCUCCCAGUUCAGGUCAGCGCUUCCCAGCCUGCAGCUGGGAGAAGGCAUCUUCAGCCCUGUUUCCUUCAAGCCGUGUUUCCAUCAAGAUGACAUCAAGAUGACUGUGUGGAAGCGCCUGCACCGCCGCGUGCUGCCAG